CUUUUCCUUCCACCUAAGAGAGAGAGAGAGAGAGAAACCAAACACCCUGGAAAUUCUGUAUAUAUCUAUAUCUAUCUGACCCCCGCUCCCUUGAAAAAAAUAUAUGUCUUUUUAAAUCGCCUUCCGACGAGGAAUUCCGUGGAUACGUUUGGCUUGCCAAGUUUGUAACCAGACACGUCUUUGAAAUUUCUAUCUCCCGCUCCUCUUUUUUUUUUUUUUUUUAAACGGGGGGAGGAGGAGGUUGGAUCUAGCAGCAGCAGCAGCAGCAGCCCCUUUUGUGUGUAGAGACACAGAUUUCGAUUUUCUUCUCCCCACUCCACCAAAUUCUUCGUCGUCCCCCCGCCCCCGUCCUUCCCGCUUCUCUUUCAAGACACUUGCAAUCCUCUAGGGAGCUAAUGGAUACUAAAGGACCAGCUUUCCACAUUCUUCGGCCGAGCCUCUUUCCAAAAGAGGGGCACUGAAGAAGACAUACCUUUGCUUUUCAAACCCUAAGCCGUCAACUUAAGCCUCCGCUCCAAGUAUUUAUGAUUGCAGAUCAGGUACAAAGGAGGAAUAGUUGAAGCGGUGAGGCUGACUUCUGAGGGAUCUCCCCCUCCAAAACCGAAAUGCUGUCCAGCUUUAGGAAAAAUAUGCUUGAUCGGCCAACCAGGGAAACCUCCAUCCUUAUAUCCUACUGUGCAGUGAGAUAUAGACUUGCAGCUAACUCGAAUUGAUUUAUUAGUGGGGAAUCUGCACUAAAUGGCUACUCUCUUCAUAUUGCGACUGUGGAAAACAGAAUUGUCAAUAGAAUGUAGUCUGAUAAAUAGGGCUGUGUGAAGAUGCUGCCUCAACGAGGAUGAAAUCAAUUGAAGAUUCUUGUCGUGUGAAGAGCCUUUGGAGAGUUUUCUGACGGGCUCACAUUUUGGAGGCACGGCUCAUUUCAUUUCCCUGGUCCCUUGCAAACAGUUCCUGUUUACCUUCCCCUUCCUCAUCCAGUGGAUACAAAUAGGAUUGUUUGAACCAUAGCGAUACAAUCGAUGUGGGACCAUGGCCUUUCCAAGAUCCAUGUGGCUGAACUGUGUGUGGAGAGCAGUGCUGGUCCGCCUGUUGCACAUGGGAUUGGAUGCCACAUUCACUCUUUGUGUCCUUGGGUUCUUGCUUCAUGCUGCCUCCGUCUCAUCGCAAAAAUUGGAUGAUACUGACCCAUUGGUAACCACCAACUUUGGAAAGGUCAGAGGGAUGAAGAAGGAAUUGAGCAAUGAAAUUUUGGGGCCUGUCAUUCAGUUUCUUGGGGUUCCUUAUGCCGCACCGCCCGUUGGGGAGCGUCGAUUCCAACCUCCCGAACCUCCAUCUCCGUGGCCAGAUAUAAAAAAUGCAACACAGUUUGCACCAGUAUGUCCUCAGAACAUUGUAGAGGGCAGGCUACCAGAAGUGAUGCUUCCCGUCUGGUUUACGAAUAACUUGGAUAUAGUUUCUACCUAUGUGCAAGAUCAGAACGAAGACUGCCUCUAUUUGAAUAUAUAUGUCCCCACAGAAGAUGUCAAAAGAAUAUCCAAGGAAUGUGCCAGAAAACCCGGCAAGAAAAUAUGUAGAAAAGGAGGUCCCCUAACAAAGAAACAGACAGAUGAUUUAGGUGAUAAUGAAGGUGCGGAGGACGAAGACAUUCGAGAUAGUGGGGGGCCCAAACCAGUGAUGGUGUAUAUUCAUGGAGGGUCCUACAUGGAAGGCACUGGAAAUUUAUAUGAUGGCAGUGUCCUGGCAAGUUAUGGCAAUGUGAUAGUCAUCACCGUCAACUACCGGCUUGGGGUACUUGGUUUCUUGAGCACGGGGGAUCAAGCAGCGAAAGGAAACUAUGGCCUUCUUGAUCUCAUUCAGGCCUUGAGAUGGACUAGUGAAAACAUUGGGUUCUUUGGGGGCGACCCACUGAGAAUCACUGUUUUUGGAUCUGGUGCUGGCGGUUCGUGCGUCAAUCUCUUGACUUUAUCCCAUUAUUCUGAAGGUAACCGUUGGAGCAAUUCAACCAAAGGACUUUUUCAAAGGGCAAUAGCUCAGAGCGGAACUGCUCUCUCCAGCUGGGCAGUCAGUUUUCAGCCUGCAAAAUAUGCCAGGAUGUUGGCUACAAAAGUUGGCUGCAAUGUGUCAGAUACUGUAGAAUUGGUGGAAUGUCUACAGAAGAAGCCUUAUAGAGAACUUGUUGAUCAGGACAUUCAGCCAGCCCGAUACCACAUAGCCUUUGGACCAGUCAUUGAUGGGGACGUAAUACCAGAUGACCCCCAGAUACUGAUGGAGCAAGGAGAGUUCCUCAACUAUGACAUAAUGUUGGGAGUUAACCAAGGAGAAGGGUUGAAAUUUGUCGAAAAUGUCGUUGACAGCGAAGACGGCAUAUCUGCAAGUGACUUUGAUUUUGCUGUUUCAAACUUUGUUGAUAACUUAUAUGGAUACCCUGAAGGGAAAGAUAUACUGAGAGAAACCAUUAAAUUUAUGUACACUGACUGGGCAGACAGACAUAAUCCUGAGACGAGAAGGAAAACACUGCUGGCUUUGUUUACUGAUCAUCAGUGGGUUGCACCAGCAGUGGCUACAGCUGAUCUUCAUUCAAAUUUUGGAUCACCCACAUAUUUUUAUGCCUUUUACCAUCAUUGCCAAACAGAUCAGGUACCUGCAUGGGCAGAUGCUGCUCAUGGGGAUGAGGUUCCUUAUGUCUUAGGAAUCCCAAUGAUUGGUCCUACUGAAUUGUUUCCUUGCAAUUUUUCCAAAAAUGAUGUCAUGCUAAGCGCAGUGGUGAUGACAUACUGGACAAACUUUGCAAAAACUGGGGAUCCAAAUCAACCAGUCCCACAAGAUACAAAGUUCAUUCACACAAAACCUAAUCGUUUUGAGGAAGUAGCAUGGACCAGAUACUCGCAGAAAGACCAACUUUACCUUCAUAUUGGAUUAAAACCGCGCGUGAAAGAACACUACAGGGCCAACAAGGUGAACCUAUGGUUGGAACUGGUACCUCACCUGCACAAUCUUAAUGACAUUUCACAGUAUACCUCUACGACAACUAAAGUGCCAUCAACUGAUAUUACGUUCAGGCCAACACGGAAAAAUUCGGUAUCCGUAACUUCAGCCUUUCCUACACCCAAGCAAGACGAUCCCAAACAACCACCAAGCCUAAUUUCGGGAGAUCAAAGAGACUAUUCCACGGAGUUGAGCGUAACUAUUGCCGUUGGAGCAUCUUUGCUGUUCCUGAACAUAUUAGCCUUUGCAGCACUAUACUACAAAAAAGACAAGAGGAGACAUGAUGUCCAUCGGAGGUGUAGCCCGCAACGUACGACCACCAAUGAUCUUACCCAUGCACAAGAAGAGGAAAUAAUGUCCCUCCAAAUGAAGCACACUGAUUUGGGUCAUGAAUGUGAGUCCAUCCAUCCACAUGAGGUGGUUCUUCGGACCGCCUGCCCCCCAGACUAUACACUAGCUAUGAGGCGGUCGCCAGAUGAUAUUCCCUUAAUGACCCCCAAUACCAUUACAAUGAUUCCCAACACUAUACCAGGGAUUCAACCUCUACACACAUUUAAUACAUUUACUGGUGGACAGAACAACACUCUGCCCCAUCCUCACCCACACCCACAUCCCCAUUCACAUUCGACAACUAGGGUAUAGCCAGACAAGAUGAAACAAACUUUUAUUUUUUGGUGGAUUACAGUGGGUUAUAAUUACAGAAGACUUGACUUGGCUUUCAACCUACAAGACUCUUACUAUUUAAAUAUGGAGGAAUAUUAUGUGAAUAUACAUAUCAAGAACUUUGGGGAUUUGGGGAAAAAUGAAUUGUACAUAUAUACAAAUGAACUUUUAAAAGAAAAGUAUACCUUUUUGCAAUUGCUUGAAGCAAUUGUUCUGAAUGAUACUUUUUUCAUUCACAUUCAAGUAUUAAUUUUUUUGAGGAUUUAAGUUACAUAAUGGAAUUAGGCAUGUGCAAGACAAGCAGGAAAGGAACUAUGACUGAUUAUUAUUUUUUCUUUUUAAAAAAAAAAAGUUCUAUGAAUAUGCACAAGGGACACAUUAAUGGAAUGUCAGAUAAUUCUCACCAGUUUUUAUUUGGAACUGUUUUCUUGUGUAGACCAUAUUUACAUAUUUGGAUAAGUAUUCAAAGCACCAAUGCUGUUAAAGGCCUUAGAAAGGGGCUCAGAUGCUGAGAUCUGCCAGUAAAAAGGAAAGGGGUUUUAUAGCCUGGCAGUGGCAGGUAUGACAUUAUCACUUAAGUGCUGUCAGUAUAAACGUUGUGGGAAUAAAGAAAACUGGAUAUUUUUAGCACGAUGUGCAUGAUAAUUUAUUAUGCUUGGUGGCUGUGCUGCUGAUUAAGCCGUAAUUAAAAUUCUUCUCAUCCCAUUGGAGUUCUCAAUAGAAGCUUCUUCCCUCAAUUGGCACAACCUAAAGGAGGUUUGUUUUAAGGGGGAAAACUUAAUUGACAACCCAGCAAUCCCUGGUAGCUUCCCAGUAAUAGAAGGCAUUCCAGUAGUUCUUAAGGUGUUUGAUGGUGCUCUAGGUGACUAGCGGUGAACACACACGGAUAGGAAUCCCAAAAGAAAACAAAAAGCAUCUAUGUAUGUGUUUAACCUUUCCUUUCCUUUCCACCUGAUAGUAUUUACAAUGUUCAUAGGGUAUCUUUUGAUGACGCAUUGGCCACGUUGAUGCAGUCUCAUUAUACAAUCUGUUACAUUUAUACCAGUAAUAUUUUUUUAAGUGUCCAAAGAUUUAUUUUCGAGACUAUUUCACAAUAUGUAAAGCUGCCCCCCAAAACGAUCACACUGAUUACAUCCCUCAUUCGUUCUUUUGACUUUCCAUAGUGCAUGUGAAAAAGUUCACUCAUACUAUGUCCAAGUUAUUCCCUCGUUGCUUCUGCGUAUCUUCAGCGUUCCUGGGAGCUCAUUGGAAAUUUCUUGAGGGCAUCUCUGCAGGGUACAAAUAUUGAGACAGAGGCUAUAUGAGGGAUGAGAGAGAUGCCAUCUGGAAGUGUUUCAGUUCUGCAUCUUAUAUAACAUUAUCCUGAAUCAAAAGGAAUGGUAUAAAAUGACGGAAAGGUCUUUGUUCCCCUUCCCAUUACUUUUGAAUUUUAAAAAAUGGUAUGUCACGGUCAUUUAAAAAAAAAAAAGUUUGUAUGUGUAAUCAAAUGUACAUUUAUAUAAAAAAAGAGAAAAAAAUGAGAUGGACUAAAGAGCACAUCCCUGAUGAAAACUUUCUCUCUUUUCCUGUAUUAUAUUUCUAUUAGAGUAAAGUUAUGUGAUUUUUUUUUAUUUUGCAUUUUUUCAAAUUACUAGCAAUUUUGAUAGUUUGUAAGAUAAUGCGCAGAACUUUCUCUGACAAACUAACUGCAGUAACAGAAACAUUUCUUUUCAGUUACUCUUUUUCAAGAUUGAAAGCUUAUUACACACACAGCAAAAUUGUAUACUACUUGAUGGGGGGAAAAAACAAACAUCUUUGUACUUCUGGGCCAUUCAUGUUGGCCACUGAGUGAAGAAUAAAGCUAAUCUGGAUAAUGAAUAUUAUAAUUAUUCCAAUGCUAAGAGACCUGAUCUUUGCUCAUUAAAGAGCUCAAAUGUUUAUUGCUGUUUUGUCAUUUUUUAAAAUGAAGUAAUGGUAACUGUCUCAGAAUAAAGAGUUAUUUCUUGAGACCAGUCUGGCUUUUGAAGACUUCAGUAUGCCUUCUACAGGUAAAAAUGUCUGCCUGCUUCUGGGUCGCAAGCCUGCAAUUGUGUUCCUCUUUAAGAAAAAUGCUGACAUUGUGAAUGUAUCAGUCUUAGGCAGCAAAUCCUUUCCCUGCUUACCUGACAGCAAAGCCUGUUGAAUGUGGUGGGACUGACGCCUGAGUCAAUAGGAUUGGGUUGCAUGUUUUUCCAACCAACAUGGCAAUAUAUUUGGUAAAACGUUGUCAGUUACUGGAAUAAAACAAACAUUAGAAUUUAAAACAACAACAACAAACAGGCUUAUUUUAAUUAUAUAUUUCACAAUACCAAUUAGGAAAAUAAAAGUUACACAGCAAAUAAAUGUUCAUAAAGUCAGUUCUUCUUAGCACAUCAAGCAUGGAGUUUAUACAUGAUAAUUAAACUGGAGAAUGGAUAUUUUUCCAUUUCAAGAACUUCUUUUAGGGUUGUUGUUUUUAACAGUGGUUAAUACAGCAUAGACUGGUGGUCCCAGUUACUGAAAGAAAACCCCCCAGUAGAAGUUGAAAAAGGGAAAGUCUUCAAAAUUCAGGAUGGUCUAUGUGCAAUUUCUGCCUGACGUGGUUGUGACUGUGACCUGCCAAUGUAAACCAAUAAAAAGAAUUGUUUGCCAUCAGAUAAUUAUUGUUUAAUAAGAAGAUUGUAUUUUGCUAUGUUGACUAAUGAAAACAAAACAGAAAAAAAUACCAAAAAAAAAAAAAUGGAUGGCCAUAAACCAAGAUUACACAUGAAAAACAAAACAAAACAAUUUUGAUGUGCUUUUCUUAACAUGAUCUACACCAAAUAACUUUCUAUGCUAGUUUAAUGGUAGCCAUAUAUCUUGCUAUAGCUCUCUAUAUACAGUCUCUGAUCAUUGUUUAUUUUUAUUAGUUAAAAAAAUAAAUAAAUGAUUUAGGUAAAAUGAG